CUGUAUGGUGGUCAGGUGGGUUGCGCCUUACGUGUUGCGCAGGAAAACAGUGAGCAGAAUUUACUUCCUGAAACACGGGUUAAAUAAUCUGGUGAAAGUACGUAUGAACUAUCUCAUUCGGAAAGCACACAGGCACCAUUCAAGUCCCCUGGGGCAUUUGUUGACAUCUAAGCUUUUUCCAAGGACUCAGUUCUCUCCCAGCUCAACCACCCAAGGCAGCCCAGCUUUGUCUCUGUGAUGUCAGGCCUCAGGAGAAGCAGCGACCUGGAGUCGGACCACGCAGUGGACUGGUCCUCCAUGGACACGCGUCUCAACUCGUUCCGCGGCUCUCCCCUUGCCCAGCAGGUGUCAGCAGAGAGGCUGGCCCGUGCUGGGUUCUACUUCACCGGCCAGGCAGACCGGGUGUGCUGCUUCAGCUGCCACAAGACUGUGGAGAACUGGUGUGGGGAAGACACCCCUGUGGAGAGACAUGCAGAGGUCUCCCCCGCCUGCAAGUUCCUGAGCUGCACCCACCGUUCGCGGGUUAACUAUCUCCAGUGUGCCCCGCUGAUUAAUGAACCCCCCUACGACGAAGAGGCGGAGGACAUGGCGUUCCGCCUCAGGACGGGAGAGGUGGUGGAUGAAACCACCUACCCCAUCGCUCCUCACAUGGCCAGUGAAGACUCUCGGUUCAACACCUUCGGCUCAUGGCCGACCGCAUCCCCGGUUCAGCCCAGGGAGCUGGCCCAGGCGGGUCUCUUCUAUCUGGGGGAGAGCGACCGGGUGAAGUGCUUCUGCUGUGGAGGAAUGCUGGGGGGCUGGGAGAUUGGCGACACAGCCUGGAGCGAGCACAGCAAACACUUCCCCAGCUGUUUCUUCAUCCUGGGUCAUGAUGUGGGCAAUGUCCCCUCUCAGGAGGGGAGAGGGGGGGAAGCCAGGCCAAACCAGCCUUCCCAGGUAGACAUGCGGAGCUUUGAAGUGAGGCUGAGCAGCUUUGCAGGAAUCCAGCACCCCAUUGACCACGAAAAGCUGGCCAGAGCGGGCUUUUAUAAAACAGGAGUUGCAGACCAUGUGACGUGUUUCAGUUGUGGUGGGGGUCUGAAGGGCUGGCAGCUAGGAGAGGAUCCCUGUGAAGAGCAUGCCAAACACUACCCAGGGUGCAGAUACCUGCUGGCAGAGAAAGGCCAAGAAUUUGUCAGCAGUGUUCAGCUACAAGGAACUGGAAGGAACGACGCUGCUACAAAUCUCUUAAAUGGAUGUUCGGGUCAUGAGACAGAUGUUCUGCAGUCAGCCAUGGCCCAGAAGGCAGUAGAGAUGGGUCUGGAGCCUGCCCUAGUAAAAAGUACAAUACUAGAGAAGAUUAGCAAAAGCAAAACAUGUUACUCGACCCUGGAGGCUCUGCUAGAAGACUGCUUCAGCAGGCCUGGCAGCAAUGCAGAGACACAAGAGACUCAUGAUGAAGAUCCACUAGAGAAGCUAUGGAAGCUGCAGAGGGAGAAACAGUGCAAAGUGUGUAUGGACAGAGACAUCGGGAUUGUGUUCAUCCCCUGUGGUCACCUGGUCGUCUGCAAGCAGUGUUCGGAGGCCCUGGACAAGUGUCCCAUCUGCUGUGCGGUCAUUACUCAGAAGAUCAAGACCUACAUCUCCUAAUGUGUAAUCAAAGCUUCUCAGGG